AUGUCGCUUGAGGUUCCCACAGCCAGCGUCACCAUAGAAGGAGCUUCAGCCCUCAACCGUGUCCGCUGGGCCCAGGCUGGGAAGGAGGUAGCAGUUGGCGAUUCAGAAGGCCGCAUAUGGAUCUAUGAUGUUGGAGAGCUGGCUGUUCCCCACAACGAUGAGUGGACACGCUUCGCUCGGACACUGGUGGAGAUCCGCGCCAACCGAGCUGACAGCGAAGAGGAAGGGGCGGUGGAGCUGUCGGCCUAGAGCGGGAGAAGGAGCAGCGGCCGCCGCCAGCAUAGCAGCUUCCCCCGCCGAGGCCGUGGCGUUCGGUGUCAGAGCCAGUCUUGCUGCGGUUCUCAGUGCCAGUGUACGUGCCAGUGUUGCUCAGAGCAUUCCGUAUUAAUCACGCUGCCGCUUUACACGAGGCUGAAAAUAUCCAGAGCAUUUUCAUACUUUAUAUUUCUGCCUGAAAAGUAAGAAAGAAAAGACAAAUCAACCCUUUAUGGGUUUAGUUGUUGCCUUUUAACUACUUAGUAGCUGUAUUUAAUAGCUAGGAACCCCUGGUUAAACUUAUGCUCACAUUGCCCUUCUGGCAGAGUCCUAUUAAAUCCAUAUGAAGCCAGAUAUGAUUACGUGCAGAUGUGGUGUGCUUCACUGUAUGGGACUGGGCCAAAGACUUUAGAUGUGGUGUUUCACAUGGUGACUUACAUUAUGAAUGGAUGUACUAUACGAAAGUUGCUGCUCCUUAUUUAUUGCGGUGUGCUGCAUGGAACAUAUUUAUUUGAAAGCAUUAAAAUAAACGAUCCUAAAGCAUGUGCAUAAUGAGAGAACUGCAUUGUCUGUGUGCUGCUGUAGAGGUUACAUUAAAGUCCACAAAACAAUUACAGUGCAUCAGUUGUGCUUAAGAUCUAUAAAGGUUGGCUUGAGUGGAUGGAAUGAGUUUCCUUUCCGUUUUUUUAAGAUGCCUAUUAUUUCUAGGCACUUUAACUAUAUUUCAAAUCUAGUCGGUCACUGAUACUUGUCAUGCAAGUUAACACUAACAGGCUGACAAAGGGUUGUGGUUCCCGAGUGUGACACCAGUAUUGCCAAUAAAAUGUGUCGAGCCUGGUC